AUGGAUCACAGAGAACACGGAGGUUACUACUAUAAAAUAAACAAAACUCGUGGUGACAAACUUUACUUAAAAUGUGCCACACCCAACGUGUACUGCAAAGGUAGUGCAAUUAAAAAUGGAAAUGGUCCUAUAGUUCCAAAAAAGACCCAUAGCCACGAUGCCUAUGGCCCGGAAUAUCAUGAACUAGAGACGAAAAACAUCUUUCGGUCCACAUUAGUUGAGAGAGCUAGAUCAGAAACUAUAGAACUUAAAGUCAUCUAUGAUCAAGAAGCAAUAAGAAAUCCACAUGCAGCUGGUAUUUAUAGUUGGCCAACUGCAGAGUCGUCAAUGCGCUAUGCUAGAAGAUCAACAUUACCGCCCCUACCAUCCACAUUACGUGAAUUAAGUGAAUUUUUAGACAUGAAUGUAGAUAGAUAUCAAUGUGAUAACUCAAGGUUUUACCAGGAGUGGAUGGUCGACAGAUAUGGAAAGUAUAGUGUAAUGUUUGCUUGCAAUGAUCUGAUUAGUGCUGUAAUUAACCAAGGCGCCAACGAACUGCAUGCAGAUGGGACAUUUAAAGUCGUUCCAUCAACUCCUCAUUGUCGACAAUUAUUUAUUAUUCACUUGAUCCUGCAAAAUCACUCCAUACCUGUAUGUUAUGUGCUGAUGGAAGCUAAAACCGAAGCAUCGUACAGAAAAGUAUUGGAGAGAUUUAAAAUAAAAUACCCAGAGGUUAGACCAGUCUCUAUAAUGAUUGACUUCGAGACUGCCCUACGCCAAGUUUUUGUAGAUACAUAUCCAGAAGCACACGUGUAUUCAUGCUGGUUCCAUUAUGUGCAGAGUUUACAAAAAAACAUUAGGAAAAUGGGCUACUCCCGUUAUAUACAGCAGAAUAGAGAGGCAAAAAUGUGCCUAAAGAUGUGUGCAGUUUUGGCUUUAUUACCUGCACAUCAAAUUGAAAUGGGGUUUCAAGAAAUUAAAAACCAUGCUCAAAAUAAUGGAGUAUUAUUACCAAGAUUUUUCACUUAUAUGUCUAGUUUUUGGCUUUCCAUAAAAGGUCCCGAGUGUUUCUCAGUGUACGGUCAACCUCGCCGCACAAACAACAAUGUUGAGAGUUUUCACUCCACUCUCCAGCAAACUUUUCAAGUUGCCCACCCAAAUUUAUGGAAAAUGCUUGAUCACCUCAAAACUAUUGCGGUGAAACAACACAUUGUUGUCACUCAACUGGCAGCAGGGUUAACAACCAGUAGAAGUGUGAAGUUCAAAUAUAUUUUGAACUCUAUGCGUAUCAAAAAUUCUACAGCUUUACUGAGUACUGGGGCUAUUACAGUAAAGGAAUUUUUGAUACAAUGCUCUCACUGCACCGAUAGGUAUUUAUCCACAGAGCUAAAUUGGCACGAUGCUACUGACGAUUCUGAAGAUGAGAUUCAGAAUAAUGAUGGUAUAUUAAAUGCACCCAUUCCAGCCGUAGAAGAUGCUGCAGGUGUAGUAGAUCCACAAUUUAUGGUCAUUGCUGAAGAUUUAGUUCCAGUAGCUGAAAAUAAUAUUGAGCCAGUAGUCAAUGUUAUAGAAGAUUAUGAUGAUAUGGACUUCAUCAUUCCCGAAGAUGGAGAAUUGAAUAUAUGGCAACAAUUUAGAAAUGACGCUGAUGAGGAAGAAGAAAUUACUUUUGUAGAAGUUCCUCGAAAUCUCUAUGAACUCUAUCCCCCUGUCGAUGAAACAAAUAUUUGUAUUGUGUGCAGAAUGGAAGAGAGGACACAUGCACUUAUUCCUUGUGGGCAUAGAGUGUUGUGUGUGGAUUGUGUAACCCAGUUACAAGCACAACGUUGCCCACUAUGUAAUUCUGAUUUUGAUAUGGUAUUACGUAUCUGGUGA